CUUGGGGAAAAAAGAUCCUAAUGUCGUGUAAUAAUUGACAAGGGAAUGGCAUAUUUGUACGAAGAUCGACCAGUUACUUUGUAUAGAGAUAGACGGUUUCAAGGCACACAAGAAGAAUACGAGCACCGUAUUGCCACCUCCAAAACUUUGUACGUUGGCAACUUGUCAUUUUACACUUCAGAGGAACAAAUAUGGGAAUUAUUUUCCCUGUGUGGUGAACUGAAAAGGAUUAUAAUGGGUCUGGAUCGCUUUAGAAGAACUCCUUGUGGAUUUUGCUUUGUAGAAUAUUUUAGUCGAGCGUCAGCCGAGUUGGCAAUAAAGUAUAUCAGUGGAACGAAGUUGGAUGAUAGAGUCAUUCGAGCAGAUUGGGACUAUGGUUUUGAACCAGGUCGACAGUUUGGUAGAGGACGAAGUGGUGGACAGGUUCGAGACGAACACAGAGAAGACUAUGAUCCUGGACGAGGAGGAUAUGGCAAAUUUAUGAAAAAGAUGAGUGGAUAUAGUGGUACACAGCUUUGGGGAAACGAGAGAAAAAGUUUUCGAGCGGCAACAGGAACCAAACACCAAAGAGAUGAGACUGACGAAGUUUUCCAAACAGAGAAGAAUCCGCGUUUUCGAGAAGAGGAAGAUUAGUAAUGAUUGUUGCGCCAAAAUU